AUGAAGAACAUCACAGCUGAAGAGACAGUGAAAACACUCCGAACACUGUUUGCCAGAAUGGGAAUACCUGAACAGGUAGUAUCAGAUAACGGCCCUCAGUUCACAUCUGCCGAGUUCAAGAACUUCAUGAAUGUGAACGGUAUCAAACAUGUGAUGGGAGCUACCUAUCACCCAUCCACCAACGGACUUGCUGAACGUUUUGUACAAAGCUUCAAGCGAGCGGUCAAGGCAGAUCAAACCAACAGAGAGCUUCAGUACAAGCUUGAUCGGUUCCUAAUGGCGUACAGGACAGCUCCACAUUCUACCACCGGACAAAGUCCAGCACAACUACUACUGGGAAGAAACCUCAAAACUAGACUUGACCUGCUAAAGCCGAACAUGAGGCGAAGAGUUAAUCAAAAGAUCCUCAUGGAUGUCAAUAAGCCUAUGAAAGUCUUCAGAGAAGGACAGAAGGUGUGGGUAAGGAACUUUCUCAAAGGUGCCAAGUGGUGUCCUGGUGGGAUUAUCAAAUCUCUUGGUCCAGUACUGUAUCAAGUUAGUGUGAAUGGUAUGGUGUGGAAGCGACAUGUAGACCAAUUGCGAGCUAGAGUGGUGGACAACGUAGAGGAAGUCGUUGCGAGUUUUAGGACGAGGAAUUCUUCUAUGUAG